AUGGAAAAACACGCAUAAAUUAUGAAUAUAAAUGAGAAAAGCAGUUAACAAAAAAACAAAAAAAGAAUCUAAAAAGUAAAUAAAAAUCAGAAAAAAGUUUUAACAAAGAAAGUGCCAAACUAUUCAUAUAUUAUCAUUUAAGAGAUUCCUGAUUUGUUAUAAUUCCACUUAUUUGGAGAUUUCUACAUUGACUUGAAUCAGCUCAGAAAUUUAGAUAGAAUCUAAGUGAUUCAACCAGUAAGCUUUUUCAAAAAGACAAUAUCAGUUGUAGAUAAUAAAAAGAUGAAUAUGGUUGAGGUGACGAUGAGUUCUGGAGUUUCGGGAAUGAAGGAAUUUAGGUUUGUAAUAGAUAUGAUAAAAACUAUGCAGAAUAAAGAUCUUGUAUUCUUAAUAGAUCAGCUUGAGUAUUAUCAGGAUUUAAUUAUAUCAAAUGGCCUUUUAUAGUUAGACUCCUCAAAUGAAAAUAGCUUGAUUGGUUCUAGUCAAAAUUAGAGUUAAUAGCAAUAAAUUCCUUUGUAUAACAAUAUUAGAGAAGAUUUAAGAAGUUAGUCAAGUUGGUCUUUUGCAAAGAGUUUAAAUUUAGCUUACAAGUCAAUAAAUGAACUGAACGAGAAAUGCAAUAACUAAAAUUCAUUUUUUAUGUAUUGCAUCUACAGAGGCUCGAAGUAUGAGCAAAAUCUUGAAAUCUUAGGAUAUCCUAAAACUGUUUUGCAUAAUUUUCUGUGUCUCAAUGAUAAUUAAAUUAACUACAUACUUAUGAGAAGACCAUUUAUGACACCAAAAGUUUUACAAAAUAAAUAUCUUGAAAUGUUCUAUUCUAAAACAUAAGCCUUUAAGUAUCAAUUUUCAGACCAUAAAAAUCUUAUAUUUGCAUAGAACUAGCACCCAUUUAAAUUUAAAGAAAACGACUUUUACGACUUAUUAACUGUAGACAAUAUUUUAGUUUCUUUUGAGGUCGAAUACCUUAUGUAAAACUUAAGUGACUAUAAAGAUAUGUGCAGCGAUAUGCUGUUUAUUAUUAAAUAUAAACCUGUAGGUAAUUUUAAAGCUGAAGAUAUUAUAAAAAGUCAAAGAUUCUUUAGAAAUAACAUUGUUUAGAAAAGUGGAAACUCUUCAGAAGGUUAAGAAGAAGAAUGUAAUUUGAGCUCAGAAUUUAAUUUUUAUGAUAUUAUCUAUAGAGCAAAAUCUGAGCUAUUUAUAGAAAAAUACUACAAUUUAAUAGACAGUGAUUCAUUCCAUGAUAUAAAUGAUUUCCUCAACUGA